AUGGCUGCUUUUCCGCAAAUAUCACAAUCUAUCGCGACAGGGCCAGUCCCUGCCUUACUAGAGACUGACUCUACCUGGAGCAAACGCAAACCCACCCAUCUCGGUGUGGAAUCUGCUGCUGUUUCCCAGCGGGGGUGCGUGCUGUCCAACGCACCGUCGCUGGUUUCCAAUGGGCCGUCCGCAAGUGCAGGUUCCUCCCACUCGGAUGCGCCACCCGAGAGUAUACGAGAGCAUGCCAAGCUCGAGCGACUCCGCCGAAAGCUUGGUGAGGAAGUCCCUGCGGAUGCUGUGUUCACACAAUUCCCGAGUUCGCCCCACACACCUCGCACUAUCGUCUCUAGAUCACCUAAGACCCAUGCCCGACCACGCUCACGCUCACGCACUCGUACUCGUACUAGCCACGCCCGUGCCGAAGACACCCAAUCCAUUACGAUCUCUAUUGGUUCCGAUGAGGGCUUCCAGACCGUUACCCUCAGACCCUCUGCUUCCCAUGUCCGCUCUCCUCAUCAUCGCUCGCAUAAGCCAAAGGGAGGCUACCAUGCUUCUGCCCUGCCCCCUGUUCCUCAUAUCUCUUCCCACCUCCCCAAGUCAUCUGAUCGUUCUGGUGGUAUUGACGACGACUCCGGUCUCAUCCGCCCACGUCAGCAGAUGGCUGCAGGUUCCAAGAUAGGGGGCUCAGACUUCAAAGCGGCAAGACGUGCAAAGCGGGAAGGGAGAUCGGGCCAUGGGGAAAUCGGAGAGAUGGUUGAGAUGAUGGGUUUCCUUGGUGGGGGCCGGAUCUGA